AUUUCAGAGUGUCUAGUGGUUCUUUGAGGUUUGCUUCUGCGUGUGUUUCCGUCGGUUGGUCCAUUGGCCAAUAUGGCGUCGAUCUAUGGCUGUAUGCGUGUGGAAAUCAAGCUUUCAUCUUGGUUGCACGCAGACGACAAAAAGUUGGGCGCCUCACCGUUUCGCUGCUGCUGCUGCUGUCGCUCUCUCCGCUUGAGCACCGCGGGGUAGCCGAGCCCGGGAGGGGAAGGAGCGAGGGGACGCCCUUGCCCACUCAGCGAUCGAAACCUCCACUAACAUUACUGCCACAAAGCACCACUAGCACCACCAUCGCCAUCAUCAUCAUCAUCAUCAUCAUCGCAAUCAUCGGAAAGAUCCUGAGUUUAUGUGUAUGUGCGUAUGUGCAACCCACCCUUGUAUGUGUGUAAAGUCGUGUUUGUCCUGUGUGUAUGUCUUGCGGUCUACACUCUGCCAGGCUCUGCUACACGCCUGACGCCCAUAUCCCGCCGGUUUAGCAUGUGCGUCUCGCGUCGGUUGUAUUCGAUGUUGCUGCUGUUGUGCCUUGGCUGGAUGUGUGCGCCACCUGUGAGUGAGUUCUUUAUGUGGGUUUUGGGUGUGAGUGCGCCUGACUGCUGUCGUCCCACAGCCGCCUGUAAUGAGAGUUCUAUGACCGUGUACGCUGAGCGUUGAGUCUGAUGUGUAAGUGUGCAUGCCGUGGGCGCCUACGAAUAGCAAGCGCUUAUAUGAGAAGCUGUACGGCCAGUAAGUAACGUUCGCCGCCAUCAGCCUGCCUGUUAGCACUCACUGACAACAGCACUGACUGUCUGUCCUUUGUUGAGUACUGCUGCUGCUGCUGCUGCUGCUGCUGCUGUUGCUGCCGCUGCUGUGUAAUGGUGCUGCGGGUUUUGUUGCGUGCCGCUGUGUUCCUGAACAUCAACCCCAGGCGGCGCUAUGCGCCUGCGCGAAACCAAGCUGCUACCGCCGCUGCUGACGCUGCUGCUGCUGCAUCUCUCGCCGAGUUAUAUUCCCUUUCCCGCGCGAGUUGGGCACCCGACGUCAGUUGAUCGAAAGGCGAGCCCGGCGACGGACGUGCUCGUGGUCGCCGUAACAACAGAAGCGCGAAAGCGAGCCUUUGUGCUGUUGUGUCUGGUACACCGCCACAGCUAUACCACGAGAGGCACACAUCAACGAUCGGGUCGCUUGCUGCCGUCGCCGAACAUUGCGGAGUAGAGCCCACCGAAGCCCCAUCAGCAGGAGCGGAUGUUUACACCCAGCGGCGCCAUCUUGACUACUCGUGUGUCGUCUGCUACCAGAGGCAAACAAAGCACAUCAAGACUAGUUGUAAUAGUAGCAGUAGCAGAAGUAGCACUAGGAGUAAUAGCGGAGCACUUACAUGACGGUUGGAGAGCGAGCGAACGAAAAUAGCAGCAGCUGUGACAGCACGCCAACCCUCAGCUACUCGCAUGACCCAACAACAUCGACGACAGCAGCAGCAGCGGCAACAACAACAACAACAAUUACUGUUCAUAUACUAUGUGGCAUAGAUAUAUAGAAGUGUACAUCUAUAUAGAUAUACAUACAUCUAUCGUUGAAUUACAUGAACAACAACAACAGCAACAGCAGCAGACAGGUAGAGAAGACUUGUGUUAUUGAGUGUUGCAUGAUAAAGGAAGGCUGCGUCCAACAAAGAACCUGGUUAUCUGUUGUUUGGAACACUAUUAUCAUUUGUUGGUUGCUUGAUUGACUGACUAUUUGAAUAUUAUCAAGUGAAGGCGAUAUUGAAAUGUAAGGACAAGCCAUGACAGCGCUUUGCAGCUCGAUUUGCUGAAAUUUACCUUGUGUUUGUGUAUGAGCAGAAAGGACCUGUAGUACACUCAAAACUGAACACUCGGCUUUUGUGAAACAACCAGUUCUAAACUUGAAAGCGGUUAGAAUUUGCCGAUUGUUCGACCUAUCGUUGAAACGGCAAUUGACUAGGGCCGUUGAAAGAUUGGUGUAUUGUUUAUUUCUGCUUUUCUUGAAACUUUCACACUGCAGAAAAGUAGAUUCGGGGUGAAGCACUGGCGUCCAUCGUAAAGCCGAUUCAUUUGGGGUGAGUGUCAGUGUCUUAUCCAAAUCAGAAACAGGAGUUGCUGUAAUGGUACUGGCUGUUGCUUUGACGAUCAGUUUCGUCUCUACGCCGGGCGCUGUUAACAGAUCCUGCACGGUUGUUCAAAGUUGUCCACAGCCGUGGUUAUAACCCACCUGCUACAGUCAUUAUUUUGAUUAUUAUUUCAUAGCCAUCAAAUUUGUUCGAUUUGUGGUUCAGUAAUUGCAAAGUUCCGAUUGAAAUCAUUGCCGCUGAAAUUGAACCACUCGCGCCGUGCUAUCAGGCAACGGACGGACGAGCGGGUGGCCAGUUGGUCGAUCAGGGUGGUCAAAAGCUAGUGCAGCUGGCGCGGGUGGACAGAGCUGCUGGAGAAUGGUGUUUUGUGUCUGCCGGGCGGGCGAGCAUGGCCGGAGCGAUCCCCAGUGACGCCGAGGAGUCCGACCCACAAGCUGAUCAAGUUUGUUCCAGUUCAUCUACGGUCCACCCGUCGGCUGCAGCUGCAGCAGCGGCGGCGCCAGCAGCUGUAGCAGCGUCUGCAGGUGGCUCAAUCAACUUUGACGUACAGCCUGUUGUUCUGGUAAGCCGGCUCACUACCGACGAACUCUGUCGGUUUGCAUGCAAGAUCAACAAUAACAGCAGCUGCUGCAGUAGCUUGAAAGAGGCGAAGCGAAGUCAAAACCGUCGGCGCCAAAGGGAAAAUCGUUGCCAUAACAAAAACAGGACCGAACGCAAGGCGAAAAAAAGCGCUCUAUCGCUUCCAGCAGCAGCAGCAGCAGCAGCCACAGCUGCAACUGUAAACAAAACUCCCACUAGCGAUAAUAAAAGCAGCAUUAAUAAUAAACGGAGCGCAUCUGGCAGUCGGCGUUCAGCAGGAAUCGGCAAACGUGAGCGCCGGCGUCGACGGAACGUUGCCAAUAUCAACGGCGGCGUUGGAUCGGGCAUUGAUCCCGUUGUCAUCAAGUUCAUCAAGGAAAACUCGAAUUCGAGUGACGGCUUCAGUGAAUGGAGCGUCCGAGAUGAUACUGUAAGUAGCAGUUCGUCGAGUAUGAGCAAUCACAGCCGCUACAGUUACAGUUCAUUGGCGACGAGCGAAAGUCGACUUUCACCAGCAGCAAGUUCGAGUGGCCGUAGCAGCGAUAGCCGACAUACGAGCUUGGAGACCGAUACGGAGCCAUACGCGUCCGAGGAAGACGACCGCGCUACCGUUAAAUACCCUCCACCCGUGCAGUGGCGAGACGCUGAACAGCAAUCGAAGCAAGAGAGGCAAGACGAGGAGACGACGUGCCAGAGCGAAGUAGCUAAGGAGGUAGAAAGAGACGAACCCCAGCAGCACAUAGAAGACGACCAAAGUAAAGCGACGGGAGAGGCUGAGACCCAAGUCUCUACCCCGCCGAGGACAAGCACCUUCACUCAUAAGGAGCAACAACUAUCGAGAAAGGAAAGGACCGGCUCCUUUGUGCCUCAGGAAAAGGUCGAGGAGACAGGUAGCCUAAGUAAAAAGGAGACCACUGUUCCCGGAGCAAAAGCAGCUGUUGCUGCCACCGAUUCCGCCAGAAGUAGCAGUAACACCAUAAAGAUUACUGCGGGUUCUGGGAGUGUCAAUCUGGCCGGCAAACUGGGAAGCGACGGUAGAAAAGAGGCGGCCGGCGACCCCUCUCUGAAGCCCGCUAAAGAUUCGCCGAAGGUCGUUACGAACGACGUGAAGAUUGAAAAGACCGAUAGCUCCCGGGUCGGUUACGGGUCUUCGCCGGCGCUGGACUGCAAAGACGAGCCGGACGUGAAACGACUUAAGAUGGCGGAGGGCGAGGAGAUUGAUAGUCGGACAAAAGAGGACGCCACGAAGGUUUUACGAAUUGACAAAGUCGAGAAAACCGAACUCAAGGAGGAAAUAAAGGAGGCAGAAGAUAGGACGCAAAAAAACAACAAGGUCAAACUCGAGGAGAAAAUGAUGGUAGAAACAAAGACUGAGGGCGAGGUAACUUUGAUCGGAGACGAUCUUCACGAUAACGAAGCUCAGCCGCUUGACCAGGAUAGCCUUGAUCAGGUGGUCAACGCCGAUGAGGAUGGUGUGAUGAUGGAGGAAGGCGAAGCCAUUGUUCCCUGUAUUGAUGAGGAACCAGCCGUCCGUUGUGGGAAGCGCGCCGAACUCGAACUCGAUCUGUAUGCCAGUUUAGCAACGAUAGAGUUGAUGUCAGGCGCACAUGAGGCGGAGGCUGAACUUGUUAAGACGUACACUGAGGAGAAACACAUUGACAAGCUUGUCAAUGAUAUUUUGGAUCGUCAGGUGUCCGAUGAGGCACGAAAACUAACAGUAGCGUGCUUAGAGGCUAAGGCGGAAACGGUUACCUGUAUUUUCCGCUUAUUGCGCGAGGUCUCUCUCGCAAUGCAGCCCAGCAGUAAUGGCGAUGUACUCACAAAAAUCAUUAAACUCGAGAAUAUUCUCCGAGAGCUAGUCAAACAUUAUCGUAUCGAGAAAGAUCCUAUAGAGGUCUCCGAUAUGCCUUGCCUGACAGGGCAACGAAAGACUGCUGAUGAUAUUGCAAAACUUGAGCACACUCCUAAACAACAGGAAUACCUCGGACUACGUAUUGAACCUCCUAUGCCACCAAAUACUGGCCUAGCACCGGUCCCCGCCCCGGCGCCAUUUAAAGACCUCCAAAAUAUGGUUCAACACAGCAGCGGGCAAGCCGGCGGUAUGCAGAUAGCACGACAAGCGCCGCCACAUCACGGCCUGCUACCAGGUGGACACCACCAGCAGCAGCUUAUUGUCGCUGGCGGAAAUCCCAGCGCUGUCGCGCCAUCAGCAGCAGACCACGCCCUCCUGAGACAGAGUCUGGGUCAGAGUCUGGGCGCCCAGUUGAGUCAGCGACCAGCCUUUCGUGUCCCUCCGCCGACUGAGCAGCAACUACUGCAAGCGGCGCAGAUGCGCAACUUUGUGCCACGACCUCGGCCGAUUAACUCAACUAAGUACCAACCCUAUCCGUCUGCCAGCCCGCAGCAAAUAGGACGAAUGGGGCCCCAUCAUCCUAAUCAGCCGCAGCAACAGGCGCACGCACAACUACAGCAAGCCCACCACCAUCAGCAGCAACAGCUGCAGCUGCAGCAACAGCAGCAGCAGCGACUCGCUAUACAACAACAACAACAACAACAGCAGCAACAAUUCCACGCGCAGCAGCUCGCGAGACAAAACCAGCUGCGGCUCCAGCAACAGCAACAGCAGCAACAACACCUACAGCAGCAGCAGCAACGGUUGGCACAGCUUCAAGCACAGCAACAAGCACAACAACGACAGUUCGUUCUCGCUCAACAGCAGCAGCAGCAGCAGCAACAACAGUUGCAUCAUCAGCAACAACAGCAGCAGCGGGUGGGGCCAUCUGCUGCCUCCACUGCUUCGGUCGGCCCGCAGCAAAUGAUGCAGCAUCUCGCCAGCAUGGCACAGAAAGCCCGCACGGCUUCCGCCUCAUCUAACUCUGCAACAACUACCUCUACUAAACCUUCGCACGCCGUCGGUAGUAGCAGCACAAUGGCACGGUCGACGCCCACCGGGCGUCUACCGGCUAGCAUUGCUGCUAAUAUGGGCGGCAGCAGCAGCAGCAGCAGCAGUUCUGUCGCUAGUGGAUCCUCAGAAAGGGUCGGUGGAGGCGGCCUGACUAUUGGUGACUACAAGAAGAAUAGCAGCAGCAGUAACAAUCAUCACAGCCACAACAACAACAACAACAACAACAACAACAACAACAACAAUCUUCAUCAGAGUAUCUCGAAGAACAACCUUGUGUCUUCGUCGUUGCAGAUCACAGCAGUAUCGUCGCCAGCCAGCGCAAAGGCACCGCCCGCUUCGUCGCCGAAACCCGCCGCGACGCCAAUCAGCCUUCCGGCCGGCCUAUCUAUUACACCGCUGGCUCCUCCGAAAAAGCCCGACAUUCAGCUGCCAAAAGAUAUCGAGAUGAUUCCUAUUCAGCAGAAGGACGCAGCAGCGGCGUUGCCUAAACUGCCACCUGGCAUUACUCUCACUUCAGUGCCCGGUCAACAGACAUCGUCGUCGUCCUCUUCGCCCUCAUCCUCAGGCUCUUCACAACAACAGCAGCAACAGCAGCAGCAGCAACAUGCUAAGGUAGCGCUUGCCUCCUCGGUGGCGUCCGCGUCACCACAGCAAACUGUUACGGUAGCGCAACAGCUCCAGUUGAGGCAGCAACAGCAGCACCAGGGCUCAGGAGUCGCCGUACAGCAGGUGUCUAUUCAGCAUCAGCCGCAGAGACAGCAACAACAGCAGCAGCAGCUGUCAGUUUCUGGUGGAGGUGCAGCCGUUGUCCAUAAGAUGAUGAUGCAGCAAGUGCCGACUGGACGAGGUGUCGCCGGAGUCCAACAGCAACAGGUAGUCGAUCAACGGCAGCAGUUGGCACUUCAACAACAGCAGCAACUGCUGCGUCAUCAGCAAUUGCAACAGCAGCAGCAACAGCUACAGCAGCAGCAGCAGCAGCAGCAGCAGCAACAGCAACGGCAAUUGGCAUUGCAGCAGCAACAGCAACAGCAGUGGCGGAUACAGCAACAGGCUCAACAGCAACGAAUACAGCAGAUCAUGCAGCAGCGCCAACAGGCUGCGCAGCAACAACAGCUUCAGUCGGCGGCAGCUGUCGUUGCUGCCGCCGCCGCUGCCGCUGGCGGCCAACAACCGCAGCAACAACAACAACAGCAGCAGCAGCAACAACACUUCUACCGGAUUAACAACGCUACACAACAAGCUGCUCAGCAACAACACGCCGCUGCCCAGCAACGGUGGCAACAAGCGCAGCAAGCACAACAACAGCAACAAAGACAGUUUUAUCAGUGAGGUUGGAUGAGAGAAGCAUUCGCACAAUAUUGUGUGAACAGGAAAGGGUAAUUGACGUACUUAUAGAGUAUUUUAGUAUGUGACAUAGUACAUGUACAGCGAAAAGGAGAUAGGCGGAAAAAAUCGACACAUAAUAACUUGAACUAGAUGCACGAACAGCAAAAAUGAACAGGAAAGAGAAUAAACAGAAGACCCUUGUUUACAGUGGUUCGAGAAAAAUAUAUGUAAAAAUGUGAAACGUUUUGUGGAAGGGUGUUGUUCCGCGACGUGGCUCUGCUUAGCCACCACGGGACGCUGCAGGUGCGGUAAACUGAUGAUGUUGGCUGGGAGAAGUCUUCUAGGAGAAGAUUCCGCAUUGGUCUUCCGGCAAAUGUCUGCUGUAAAAUAUGUGCAAAUGGGACUCCAAUCCCGUAUCUGCCUGCACUAAAGGGUUUUUCCGAUUUUUUUCUUCUGCCGGAAGGAGGCAGGGCGGUCGCAAUAUCAACGGAAAACAGAGAACAGCCGUCACCAACAGUAGAUAAUCGUCUAAGCCAUGAUGAACGUAUACGCAAGUCACGUAUGGCAAGCAGUAAGACCUUCGAUGUCGAUAAUAAGAACAAUCAUAAGACCGGCUCAAAAUAGUCGUGCUUACGCCCGUAAAGUGUGAUACAGUGAGUGAGAUAGUAGGAGUACGAUGUAGCGAAGAACAAACGGGUCACGUUCACAUGCGUUGCCAUGCGCAGUGUUGAAACUAAGGGCCGAUUUUUGUCAACAAUCAUGAUAUGGAACGGACUCAAGUUGUCACGCAAGCUAUUACACGUCUGUACGCAUUGUACAACGAACGGAUCCCACAAAUUGUAAAAACUUCUAGGUACAUAAAUAACGAUGAAGGAAAAUGAUGAACUGACUGACUGGGUGAAUUCGUACCGGACAGGUGUAGAGAUAAGGCUCGUAUGAGUCGUUAUAGCUAAAGGAAGUGGGAACUGGUAUACAGAUUACUACUCAUGAAUACACAAUGAGACAGAAUUAACAUGAUGGAUGCCGUGAUCUACAGACGCCGUACUGAAAAUAAUGUUAUCACCCGCGGCGGUGAGACGAUAGACUAACCAUUGCAACGAGUCGAACAGGCUAAACGGUGCACAAAAGCUGAAUGAAUAACAGAGUAUGUAGAUAGUUACGCUUGUAAAGGUUGGGCGUGUGUUUGAGCAAAACUAAAUGUAUGUAUGUACCUAGGGGUUUCUGUGUGGGCGUGUGAAUGUGUGCGUGCGUGUAUGUUUUUAUGAGGGUAUGUUGUAUGCAUUUCGGCAAAAGAAAAAAUAUAGGACGAAGAGAAACGAGGAUAUGAGUUUCAAAUGUGAUGAUUGCGCUUCGAUAACAUCGUUUUCGUAUUUCGCUUUGCCUUAAUGAUUGAUGAACUCCGGAUGGUUGAAAUAAUUCCUGGGCAGACAUAAAUAUCUGACAAAAGAAACAGUGGGUAAGCAGGUGUGCGUAUAUAUGGGUUAAGGAGCGAUGUCGACGAAGGGCGCCAACGAUAAUAAUGAUAAUAAUAAUAUUAAGUUUGAGGAAGUGUAAGUCAGUACAGCCGAAAAGGGAACUGCUCGUACAACGGAAUACGUUUGUUUUGCCGACUUCUGUGCAGUAGAGCAACAUUGCCAAGCCUUGAAACCCCAAGAAAUUUUGUGACCCAUCAUUUGGGUUCUGCUUAUUUUAAUGGCCAUAUUCGAAUAGCGAUGGCAAUAAUGUAAUUGAUAUGCUUACACAAUAGCUGCUUAUAUAAUGUGGCAAUACAUCCGACCUAAAUUAACACGAAUUAAUAGAUUAUGCUCAAUUUUUUUCUCUGCUAGUUUUCAAACGGCGAUCUCCUAUUUUCUUGAUUUUGUGAUGUUUUGUUCAUUCAUUCAUUGAGAUACUGCAUUUUGUUCCAUGAAAAAAUCAUUUAUCUGGAUAUUUCAUCAUUUGCCUGGAUGAAUGAAUGAAUGAAUGAAUGGCUCUAAUCUUGAGGUUGAAAUAUUUGCCAAUAGGCCUGGUAUUGAUGUUGUGGGAUCUGCGGAAAUUAUAAAUAAUUUCUUGUCUUAGUAUGCAGCAAACACUGUAUAUGUGCCGUCUGUCUCCGUAAAUAGCAGCGCCUUUAAAAAAAGAGUUCAACAAUUUUGCGGCAAGUGCAAGCAAUCCGUAAUUCCCUGUGAGUGCAACAGAAUAGCCUUAACUGAAUUUAGUUUUGUGUGAUUAAUUAUUGAUAGCAAAGUGCCCAAAUAGAAGCUUACGAUAAGGAGACACUGAGCACGAGUAUCUUCUGAAAUAAAUCGGUUUAGGGUGUCCGGUCCCAGUGGCUUUAAUAGCAGUAUAUAGUAGAGAUCAAGCUAGUAGUAAUGGAUUGAGUUGGCCAAAUUAAAGAAAUACUAAGUAAACGCAGGCGAAGGUUGGCGACAAGUAUCAAAAUGUUAAUUUAGCCUUAGUGCUUGACUUUUUUUUUUAUUAACAGUAAUCUAGCUUCACUAUAAUUAAUGUUGCUCUACGAUAAUUAUCCUUUGUAGAAUAAACUACUUCUGUAUAUUUCUGUAAAUAAAGCUAUAUUUAUUGUGGAUACACAAUGAAGAUUUA